AUGGCUAGCGUAACACAAGAAUCGCUCGCCGCCGGCAUCAAGUCGCUCCUCGCGUCUCUGCCGUCAGACCUCAGCGCACUGCCACCUAUCGCGCCUGAACCCAAGGUGCCUACCACCGAGGCCGAAGUGUCCGCCUUGAUCGACCACACGCUCCUCGCACCCAAUGCCACUCUCGACCAGAUCGAAGCCGUCUGCGCGGAAGCCAAGCAAUACAAUACCGCCACUGUCUGUGUCAACUCCUCCAUGAUCCCUUUCGUCUUGCAGCACCUCUCUGGCACGCCCGUCAAACCGAUUUCCGUGAUCGGCUUCCCCUUCGGAUGCUCCAACACCCCCUCGAAAGUGCUCGAAGCGCGCAUCGCCUGCCAACAAGGCGCCCACGAGAUCGACAUGGUCAACAACAUCGGCCUGCUUCGUUCCGAACGCUACCUGGACGUCUACAACGACAUCCUCGCCAUCGCCGACGAGUGCCACGCCAACGAUGCCAAGCUCAAAGUCAUCCUCGAGACCGCCAUGUUGACCAAAGAGCAGAUCGCAAUCGCCAGCUACCUGGCCUGCCUGGCAGGUGGCGAUUUCGUCAAGACGAGUACGGGCUACGGUGGAGCAGGUGCGAGUAAGGAGGACGUGAGGUUGAUGUACGAGGUGGCCAAGAGGGAGGAUCUGGGAUGGGACGGCAAGACGAAGGAGGUCAAGGCGAGUGGUGGGAUCAGGAGCUUGGAGACAGUUCACUUGAUGGUGAAAAAUGGCGCUACUAGGGUCGGUGCGAGUGGGACAAAGGCCAUCGUGGAGCAAAUCAGGAGUGGCGCUGCAGCACCGACGGCGACGGGUUCCAACUACUGA